AGUUGGGCAAACACGGACCCCUGGACACACCAUAGAUGUAAUGAUAAACUUGGAACUUUAACUACGUGUAAUUGUUUUUAUUGAACUGAAAGGGGUAUUUCCUUGAAGGACUUAAUUUACAAUUAUGUAAUUGAGGAAUGACUGUAUCAACUUUGGAUUAACAGAAUUAAUAAGUAAUUCUGGGCCGUUUACCGCUCGACGGCGUUACAUAUCCCAUGACCUUCUCACUGACCCCUUCACAUAUUUGGUAUGUUUUUGCAUCCACUAAUAAAAAAAAUAAAUUCGUGAUUUACUCAACGAUAUGGUUUUAUCAUAUCUAUAGAACUGGGUUCACAAUAGGGUAUUUUUUCAUACAGUAUACCAUAUGACCAUUUGUUCAGAAUAAUUUCACCGCAUAAUAUCCGAGUUUUUUUGGGCCAAGAUGGACGAUCAAGUGAUAUUACGAAGAGAGUACGAUAACACUGUUUUAAGCGAAUUGGACUCGGAGUAGGAUAACUUUCAAAUAAGCCAAGCCUUAAUGCAAUAUGAACUGACGCAAUCAGAUUUAGAUGUAGAUUUUGGAAGUGCUUGGUGAAAGGCGAAAUUAACGAACAGUGAUCAAUCUCGUAUUAACUCCUAUGUGCAAUACAAAGUAGAUAGUUGGGCAAACACAGACACACCAGGGGUGAGAUCAGGUGUAUAGAAGGAGUAAGCAUCCCCUGUCGACCGGUCACACCCGCCGUGAGCCCUAUUAGUGCAGGGAAAUUUUUCCGGACCUGAAACAGGACUCGGGCGCCGCAUUGACUCUGCUCUGAAACAGAAACUUCGGCGAAUCAGCGAUUCGGAAGACCAGCAUCGAGUAGUAAAAUUUCCACGCUUCAAAAGGCGCAAAAAAGUAAUCCUGGGCAUUGAAUGAUUCAAUGACUGGAAAACUCAAAGGAACCGACAACAACUUGACGAAUUCAAAGUUAUUCCCAAUCUACUGAUAUGCAAUUACCAGGAACUCGGAUACAUUUUCAUGAAUCCAGAAAAACCCUUGACGCGCGAACGAAGGAGCUGGCAUCCCAAGGGAUAGAAGUGUCGAUUAAGAAAGCCGAUCCCUUUAUGCCGGAACAAGAAGAUGCCCGUUGGGAUAACAAACUACUUGGAACACAUACGUCAAAAAGUUACAUUUAUACAGUAUUUUACUAUAAUUGCAAACUUUUUGGACUUAGGGGUCUCGAUGAGCACCGACAAUUAGAGGUAUGUCAGGUGAAAUGCGGCAUUUCUGAUGAAAAAGCAUACAUAGAAUUUUGUGGUCGCACAUCUAAGAAUUUCGCUGGGGGUGUUCACCAGAGGAACGUUCUUGCAAAGUCGAUCUGCCACUACACAUCCACAUCCGGAACGUCUCGCAGUUUAUACGAUGUUUAUGCUUCCUACAUUUCUAUGAUGGGGAAUGGGCCAUUCUACAGACAGCCACUACCAGGACCUGAGCCACGUUUCGGAGUCCAGCCUAUGAAAGUCAAUAAGUUGGGUACCAUGGUGAAAACCAUGUGUGCAGAAGCAGGGUUUUUCAGAAACUUCACUAACCACUCGGGGAAACGCACGUGUGCCACUACCUUGUUUCAUUCAGGGCAUACAAGAGAUGAUCAGAACAACAACUUCUUGAAGUUAGUCGAGCUCUGGAACCAUAAAUGAAGUCCCUGAAACAGACUGGAGAUUCAGAGAAGUAAAACGAGAGUGUCGUGAAAGUGAAGGAUGUCGGGAAAGACGCCACCGUUUCUAGUGUGAAGAUUCCUUUGGGUGACAAAAUGAUUCGUUUUGAAAAUUGCUCGGUGUCUAUGUCAUUCAUGUGAAAGAUGUACUACUCCGUUUACCUGGUCAGGAUAUAGGGUUCACGGGGGUGUGACCGGUCGACAGGGGAUGCUUACUCCUUCUCUGGUGUGUCCAGGAGUCCGUGUUUGCCCAACUAUCUAUUUUGUAUUCCUUUUAGGAGUUAUGAGGUUGAUCACUGUUCGUUAUCUUCACCUUUCAUUAGUGACAUGAAUUUUGCAAUUUAUUUGAUCUUAAAAGAAGUGCGUGAAAUUGCGAUCUAAAUUUUGUGCAGAAAUUGGGAAAUUAUGAUUUUUAAAAUACUUUUUUGGUUUGUCUUUUGAAAGAAUUCUUAGUUUUUAUCUUGAUUAAAUGUUGAACCUUGUCUUUUUCUCAUUUACAUAGCUCCUCCUACCUCCUUUAUGAAACGGUGGGAUAUUUGGUAGUUAGAUAUCGCAUACGCCUUUCUUGGAAAACGGGAUCAUAUGAUGAAAUUAUUUUUACAGUCUUCGGACAAUGCAUUUCCUCUCCUUUGUGAUUGGUAGAAAAUGUAUGAUGUGAAAAUUCUAAUUUAUUUCAUUGGUUGCAAUUCAGUUCAACGCAAGGGAGAUAAUUUCGAGAUGAUCUAAACGUACGACUUAACAAUUUACAGGAUUUUCAACCUUAAAAAAGAGAGAGAAAACGAAGAGAAUAAAGAAGUAAAAUUGCAACAUAAUGAAACUGACAUUUUAAUCUUAUUCAUAACUAUCAACAACGUUUCUAAAAUUCGACAAAUAACAGAAAUGGUCUUUGUUUUGCACGCAAACCUUAAAAUUCUUCUUGAUACAAUUUGGGCAAUUUUCAGCUAUUUAGGAGUUUGUGUUUCUUGCUUUGUGAAAAA